AUGCUCACAGAAAAGUGUUAUGUGUGUGAAGUGCAUUUCAAAGAGAAUGAUAUUCUAAUUUAUGAUGAGACUAUCUUAAAUGAUGGAACAGUCAAUAAAAUUAAAAGAAUUAGACCCACAUUAAAAGCUGGGGCAGUUCCAUCUAUAUUUCCGAACUUACCAUUUUAUUUAACAGAGCAUACAAUUAAGAGAAAACCUCCUCUCGAAAGGUCUAUAAAUAGUGAUAAAAAGAGUCAGGCAUAUUUAAAUACAGUUGAAAAUUCCAACGAAGAAUUUUCAUUUCAGUAUUUAAAAGAAAAUCUGAAUCUAUUAGAAAAACCAGAUAAUAAAUGGAUGUUUGGAUUAACUGAUGAAGAAGUAGUGCUUGCAAUAUGGAAAGUGGAUCUGAAAAAAAAAUAA